AGAGAGGCGGGGGGUCCACUGAUAAUUCCGAGGCUGCUGGGUGGAAAGGAUUGAGUCGUCCGUCCACUAUCACACCGCCUCACUGAAGACGCUUUUAUCCGAGGAGACGGUGAAACACGUCCAAGAGGACUUUUCUUAUAGGUUGCGCGUUUUACUCGAACAUUCGCUGUUUUGCGCGAAAUUAGGUUGAAUUCACCUAAACAUAAAAGAAGAAGCUGGCGGAUUUCACGUUUUCCAUCAUGUGAAUGUUGUGAUGUCCAGCAGAGACGGUGCACACUGUUACGGGUCGCUGUGUUUUUGCCGACAGGACUCGGUGAUCGGAAAUCCCUGAUAAUCGAUUUUAUAUCGCUUGCUUGUUUCUGACCGACUGUGACCACCAACUGUUGUUCCUUUUUAUUAUCGGCCUGUUGAAGAUCAGGGCAUUAUCGAUACUUUUCAGAUUUUUUCCCCCCCUUUUUGGACAAUGUAUUCAUUUUUUAACACGAUUCCGCAAUUGAGGUUAGGUUAGUGAGUUUCUGAGAGUUAAUCUUAAGCAGCUGCAUAAACGAACUGAGACUCGCAGCCGCCACAGUCAUGGCUAAAAAUCCGUCCGAGGGGCCGAAGGAUGACCUGAGCCAGCUGACGGACGACGAGCUGCUGCGGUGCAGCAAAGAGGAGCUGGUUAGGAAAUUAAGGAGGGUUGACGGCGAGAAAAUGAACUUGAUGAUCGAGCAUGGCAACAUGAUGAAGGACAUUAACCGGCGGCUGCAGGUGCACCUUCAUGAAAUCCGGAACCUGAAGGAGAUCAACCAGAAGCUCCAAGAUGACAACCACGAGCUCCGGGAACUCUGCUGCUUCCUGGACGACGACCGACAGAAGGGCAAGAAGCUGUCCCGGGAGUGGCAGCGUUUCGGCCGCUACACAGCCAGCGCCAUGUGGAAGGAGGUGGGCACCUACAUGAUGAAGCUCAAGGAGCUGGAGGCCAACCAGGAGACUGUGCUGAGGGAGAACUCUGAACUGAAGGAGAUCAUCCUCAUGCUGGAUGAAGAGAGGAAUGGGGCAGGGUCCCGGAGCUCCAUAGAUAGUCAGUCCAGCUUGACCAACCUGAACGGGGGCACCAGCACGGUCAGGGAUGUUGGAGAUGGGAGUAGCACGUCCAGCACAGGAAGUGCUGGUAGCCCCGAUCACCACAAUCACAACCACAUGCACAAGCCCUCAGAGAACGGUAAGAUGGGGACCACGAUAAGAAGAUCCAUGGAUGACCUAUCAGCGCCACAUCAUCACAGAAGCAUCCCCAAUGGACUGAAUGAUUCUUCCACCAACUACAUCAGGCAGCUGGAGACGAAAGUGCGGAUACUGGAAGACGAUAACAAUAAGCUCCUCUCACAGGCUUAUAGCCGCUAUAGCUUAUCGCAAAUACAGACGAGAAAGCAGUGUAACCCAGGUGACCUUCGUGCCCUGAGGAAGGGAAUGACUCUGUACCACUCAGAGUCCCAGCUGUCCUCACUGCCCCAGCGCCAGGAAGCCAUGCACAUGGGGACUGGACGCCUACCAACUAGCGAGUCCUCUCCAGCUACAGGCUAUUUGUCCUGCGUCCAAAAGCCUGAGGCUGUGGUCCAUGCCAUGAAGGUGCUGGAGGUCCACGAGAACUUGGAUAAGCAGGUUCCUGAGGACUAUGAGGAUGAUCUCAGCGAGAAAGAGAAGGCCAUUGUGCGAGAGAUGUGCAAUGUGGUGUGGAGAAAACUGGGUGAUGCAGCAGGAUCAAAGCUGUCCGUCAGACAGCACCUCUCUGGUAACCAGUUCAAAGGCCCGCUGUAGCAUAUCAGCCCUAGAGAGAGACGGAGAGAUAUCAGGAUCCACACUCACCUGAAACGCCACCUUCCCACCUGCACCUACACGGACCCGUCACGCCACCGUGCUCCCUCCUGCCGACAGCACCCGGCAUUCCUCUGGCGAACGCUCUCUUUUUAGACUGGCUACAGAAUGGACCUGUUAGUCUCGUUGUUCACGUGAACAACGUUGCCUGUAUACGUUUUUGGAUCUCUGCGCUGACAUGUUGACAGCCGGCAGCUAGUGUCACCAACCCGCCACUUUUCUGCAUCGGUUUGGAGGCUUUCUCUUUUCUCUCUGUAAACAAACACCCGCUUUCGCUCCUUUAGAGCUUAGCUGAGCUGUAAUAAGCUAGGGAUGAGACGUGGUUUCGAGCACAGGUGACGGGGGUGGGGGGGGGGCAGAAGUUGGCGGCAACGAUGAGGCGAUUAAUACUAGUUUCUAUAGAGAGAGACACCCCCAUCCCCUCCCGAGCUCCUGUCACAUGUAUGACCCCGCCUCCCCACUUCCUCCAGCGGUCAAUGAGUAUAACUAGCAUUAGCAUUCUAUAAUGUUAGCCAAGUGAAACCCACUGUGACCUAGCGCUUUUUUGCUCGUAAGACAAGUCUAUGGAUAAUCAAGUCUAGAGAUCGCUGUUAACUCGUGUAUAUUAUGUAUAAAACCAUAGCAUUACGUCAUUGUUUCUGUUGAUUUGACUUUAUUUUGUAUUCUAGCGUGGCCAUGUGAUCAACAAUUGAGUUUUAAAAAGCACACACAUACACACCUACAUAUACACACACACACAGACCUCAAACAGGGUUUGCUUUUGGUAAUACACUCUUUUUUUGUUAUUGUCAUUGUUAUCAUUAUCAUUCUUUUCCAGAUGAAUUGCUCUUACUCCUUCUCUCUGUAAUGUUUGUUCAAAUGUAUCCGGGCCAUUCUGAAUCUGCCGUCUCGCUCUGUUUAUUAAGGAACAGAUAAAUUUUCUUACUUUUGUGAAACGGGCUUAAAAUUGUAUGCUGUGUGCAUGCUUGACAAUCAUUCUCUCAGGUUGGGAGGGCUACAGCUUUGCCUUUGCCCAUCUGUGACCGUGCGCGCAUGUGUGUGUGAGUGUGUUUAAGAGUGUGAGUCUGUGUGGGAGGAGACUGAAAGGUUGGAGCUGUAGCAUCUGCCUGUGAAUCCUCUUUUUUUUGGGCCAUUGAACCCUGGUUACAGCCCAAUUGAAGGCUGAUGAAGACAUUUUCUGAAUCCAUCCAAAAUAAAAUGUAAUUCUAUAACUAAAAUAUCCUGAACCUCCCCGCUCAGUUUGAUCUGCUCUGAAACUUUUUUUAUACAGUGGUUUGAAAAGUGCAUGUUUGUCACAGUUGCAGGUUUCAGAUCAUCAAACAAAUUUAAAUAUUAGAUAAAGAAAACACAAGUAAACACAAAAUGCAGUUUCUAAAUUAAGGUGUUUAUUGGGGAAAAAAUCCAAACCUGCAUGGGCCUGUGUGCAAAAAGUGAUAACUGGUAACCUAAUAACUGGUUGGGCCAGCAAAAACAGCAAUAAAGCAGCAACAACUGCAAUCAAGCAUUCACAAUAACUGGCAAUGAGUCUUUGACAGCGCUGUGGAGGAAUGUUGGCCCUCUCAUCUUUGCAGAAUUGUUGUAAUUCAGUCACAUUGGAGGGUUUUCGAGCAUGAGCCGCCUUUUUAGGGUCCUGCCACAGCAUCUCGAUCGGAUUCAGGUCAGGACUCAUUUUACUUUGCUUAAGCCAUUCAGAGGUGGUAUUGCUGGCGCGUUUUGGGUCACUGUCCUACUGCAGAACCCAAGUGCGCUUCAGCUUGAGGUCACAAACAGAUGGCCGGGCAGUUGUAGGAUGGUUUGGUAGACGACAGAAUUCAUGGCUCCAUUUCCAACAGCCAGUCUUCCUCCUGAGGCGGAUUAGCAGCUCCAGCCCAUCACACUACCGCUGUGACCCUUUCCAGACUGAAAGCUGUCAGUGUCUUUGUUUCUCAGGUGUUUCUUCGAGUCGUAGCAUGAUGUCUUGCUUUUUGAGAUCUUUUAGCCUGCUCCACUUUUGUUUGUUUGUUUUUUAACUGAACUGUGGUUAAUCACAGUUAAUUCCUGAUUUAACAACAGGGGCGAUUACUUUUUCACACAGGAACUGGUAGGUUUGGAUAACUUUUCUCCCCUAAUCAGUGAAAUCACCAUUUUAAAAACAGUGUUUUAUACUUACUCGGGCUGUUUUUGCCUAAUAUUAAAAUGUGUUUGAUGAUCCAAAACAUGUAAGUGUAACAAAUAUGCAAAACACUGGGAAAUCAGGAAGGGGGCAAAGACUUUUUCACACCACUGUAUCUCUGACGAUUGGGUAGGGAAAGAAAAGUCACAUAGAUGGAUAUUAGACCGUUUCUGGCAUCGUGGAUUCAGCAGGUGUGUUUAUGCAGUGCGUGUUUUAUUGAAGUUAUUUUUUCUUUUUUAGAAUAUGAGAAGUCUUCCCUUUGAUGUCUCCGUACCAUAAAACACUAACAUUUAAAACAAAAAUUUUUUCUUGAUGUCAGAAUGAACAAAUACUGUUUGUCGGUGUAUUUAUUGCCAGGUGUAACAUAGUGAGAUAGAGAUGGGAGCGCAGUUGGUAACUGAACGGUCACGUUUUAAACUCAUCAGACGGAUUUCGUGUUAUUAAAGUUGUCUGAUGAGUUUGCCGAGUGACUCGACAGCUCAGGCUCUCCCAUCUCUAGUGUUAUUUGUUCCAAAUUAGAACAUUUCUGAGGCUACCCGUUUGUCCACCUUGGUACUCUCAAUUAAAGGGUUAAAAUAUAUAGAUAUAUAUAAUAAUAAUAAUAAUAAAGUCUGAUUUUUUUUUUUUAAAGUGUCCUUUUUCUAGGAACCGAUUUGAAGCCAUUAUACAAUUUUGAAUACUUUAUAUAUGGCAAAUGAUUUGAGACGUGCCACACUGUUUUCUUUAUUGUGUUUUAAUUUGGACCCAGCUGUAUAUUUGGGAAAAAAAAAAAAAGCAUCUGUAGUGUUUUUUUUCCUGCCUGUAUGCUAAAGCCACAAUACAGAAACCUAGAAUCUACAGUGUAAAUGUCUAUUCCUUUAGUAACUAGCAUGACUGGAACCUCUUUUCGUGGUUUCACCAAUAAAGGAGAAUAUUUCGCUGGUGAGACCGAAAACAUGAAAUAGUCCACUUUUAGAAACAUUUGGAAGAAAAAUAAACAAGUUGCUUAAUGA